CUUCUACAUUGUCCUAUAAAGUCGACUUUGGGCGAAAGUGGAAAUAUUAGCAACAGUCAUCGCGAAGGUUCGACUUGGGUUUUGUUCCAACGUGAGAGGGAAGCGGCGGAGGCAGGGGAGGGAUGGUGGGGAGCGCGCAUCGGUGCGCGGGCACGGUUUUCAGUACCGAGGACAGCGACACCGACUGAGCAGUGAAAAGGAGAGGGCAGGAGCUGGUGCUCGGCAGAACCUCGGGCUCAGCAGCCGAGGCAGGACGGGAGCAGGAGGACAUCAUACGACAAAAGCAGGGGACAUCUGCGUGGACAUCAUUUCGUUCUGGGACACUGAGGACGCCGCUCGUCUCGCGAGCACGUUCUGCUGAAAUGGCCAUCCCUGCUUAAAGCCGGGAGCAGCCUGGCGGAUCAAUUGAAUGAAUGAAAUUCAUCGGGAAGCCCAAAAGGGACAAGCUGGCACGUGCUGAUAUGAUCGCGUGCAAACCGCGGUUCCGGCAGUCUGCGAAUUCCUCCACAGCGCGUGCACGUCUGAUCUAGCGGAGCUCGGCGCGCGCACGUCCGAUCUAAGGGACCCGGUUGCGCUCCGGCGGCGCGGCGCUCGGCGCGUGAACGACGAGGACGGAGGACGCCGAAGAACCCCAGCAGCACGAGCCCGCGCCGACGCGGCGAGGAUCCAGCAUGCGCCUGCUCCUGCUCGCGGUGCUCGUCUCGUGCUCGUGCGCGCGCGGCGGCUGCGAGCCCCGCAUCGUCAACAUCGGCGCCGUGCUCAGCCAGAAGAGGUACGAGCAGGUGUUCAAGGACGCGGUGGCGCAGGCCAACCAGGUGUACGGGCGGGACAGGUUCAAGCUGAACGCCAUCUCCGUGACGCACAAGCCCAACGCCAUCCAGAUGGCCCUGUCCGUGUGCGAGGACCUCAUCUCGAGCCAGGUGUAUGCGAUCCUAGUCAGCCACCCGCCACAGUCCAACGAUCACCUGACGCCAACCCCUGUCUCCUACACCGCGGGGUUCUAUCGCAUCCCGGUGGUGGGGCUCACGACCCGCAUGUCCAUCUACUCCGACAAGAGUAUCCACCUGUCCUUCCUGCGCACCGUGCCGCCCUACUCCCACCAGGCCCACGUGUGGUUUGACAUGAUGCGCGAGUUCCGCUGGAACCACAUCAUCCUGAUCGUGAGCGAUGACCACGAGGGCCGCGCUGCCCAGAAGAGGUUGGAGACGUUGCUGGAGGAGAGGGAGACCAAGGCAGAGAAAGUCCUACAGUUCAACCAGGAGACAAACUUAACGGCCCUUCUCCUGGAAGCCAAGGAGCUGGAGGCGCGAGUCAUCAUCCUCUCCGCCAGCGAGGAGGAUGCCGCCGCCGUGUACAAGGCUGCUCGUUUCCUCAACAUGACGGGCUCCGGGUACGUGUGGUUGGUCGGGGAGCGCGAGAUGUCCGGUAAAGCACUGAGCGAGGCGCCCGAUGGUCUAAUUGGCCUCCAACUCAUCAACGGCAAGAACGAGUCGGCGCACAUCAACGACGCCGUGGCCGUGGUGGCGCAGUCCAUCCAGGAGCUCUUCGAGAAGGAGAACAUCACGGAGCCGCCUCGGGGCUGCGUGGGAAAUACCAACAUCUGGAAGACCGGGCCACUUUUCAAACGAGUUCUGAUGUCAACCAAAUACCCAGAGGGCCUGACAGGACGCGUGGAGUUCAACGAUGACGGAGACAGAAAGUUUGCCCACUACAGCAUUCUCAACUACCAGAAGAGUCGACUGAUCCAAGUGGGCAUUUACAACGGCACGCAAGUUGUGCUGAAUAAUCAGCGGAAGAUCAUCUGGCCUGGAGGAGAGACAGAGAAACCAAGAGGCUUUCAGAUGUCCACCAGACUUAAGAUAGUAACCAUUCAUCAGGAGCCCUUCGUCUAUGUGAAACCCACCCUGCAGGAUGGGACUUGUAAGGAAGAGUUGACACCCAAUGGAGUCUUAAUAAAAAAGGUGAUCUGCACUGGGCCCAAUGAGACCAUCCCAGGACGCCCCAUCGUGCCCCAGUGCUGCUAUGGCUUCUGCAUUGACCUUCUCAUCAAGCUGGCUAUGACCAUGAACUUCACCUACGAGGUGCACCUGGUUGCCGAUGGGAAAUUUGGGACGCAGGAGCGGGUGAACAACAGCAACAAGAAGGAAUGGAAUGGUAUGAUGGGAGAACUCCUGGGGGGUCUGGCAGACAUGAUUGUGGCUCCGCUUACCAUCAACAAUGAACGAGCUCAGUACAUUGAGUUCUCCAAGCCCUUCAAGUACCAGGGACUCACCAUCCUUGUGAAAAAAGAAAUCCCCCGCAGCACCCUGGACUCGUUCAUGCAGCCGUUCCAGAGCACACUGUGGCUGCUGGUGGGCCUCUCAGUACAUGUGGUGGCGGUGAUGCUCUACCUACUAGACCGGUUCAGCCCAUUUGGAAGGUUCAAAGUGAACAGUGAAGAAGAAGAAGAAGAUGCCCUCACCUUGUCAUCUGCUAUGUGGUUCUCCUGGGGAGUGCUGCUGAACUCUGGUAUUGGAGAAGGUGCGCCACGUAGCUUCUCAGCGAGAAUCCUAGGAAUGGUGUGGGCUGGUUUCGCCAUGAUCAUCGUAGCAUCAUACACUGCCAACCUGGCUGCCUUCCUGGUGCUGGAUCGGCCUGAGGAGCGCAUCACCGGCAUCAAUGACCCACGGCUGCGGAACCCAUCAGACAAAUUCAUCUAUGCCACAGUGAAGCAAAGCUCGGUGGAUAUCUACUUCCGACGGCAGGUGGAGCUGAGCACCAUGUACCGUCACAUGGAGAAGCACAACUACGAGAGUGCAGCCGAGGCCAUCCAGGCCGUACGAGACAACAAGCUGCAUGCUUUCAUCUGGGACUCUGCGGUGCUGGAGUUUGAAGCCUCGCAGAAGUGCGACCUGGUGACCACGGGAGAGCUGUUUUUCCGUUCGGGCUUUGGCAUAGGCAUGCGAAAGGACAGCCCCUGGAAACAGAAUGUGUCCCUGGCUAUUCUCAGUUCCCAUGAGAAUGGCUUCAUGGAGGACUUGGAUAAAACCUGGGUGAGAUACCAGGAGUGUGACUCACGGAGCAAUGCCCCAGCCACACUCACCUUUGAGAACAUGGCAGGUGUGUUCAUGCUGGUGGCUGGAGGCAUCGCGGCAGGCAUCUUCCUCAUUUUCAUUGAGAUUGCCUACAAACGCCACAAAGACGCCCGCAGGAAGCAGAUGCAGCUGGCCUUUGCGGCCGUCAACGUCUGGAGGAAGAACCUGCAGGACAAUAAGGAGGCUACCGCGAGUCAAGUUGUGGGAACGGCCGGGACUCCGUCAUUAGUACGUAAACAAACAGCCCAUCCUGUUGCCAUGCCAUCAUCGCUGUUUAGAGUUGGAGUUACUCAAAACAAAGCAAUCAAGAAAUGAGAACAUCGAAACCAAAGUCACACUGCAGCAUGUGUGACAAAUCCUUAACAGUCUUCUUUUGGUUUGUUAGGUGAAGUAAAACGGAAUAGUAAAAAAUAGUACUCGAUAUCAGCAUGAGUGCUCGUACAUGAAAAAGUAAAGUAUAAAAGUAAAACUUAGCACUGACUAUAAUGGUAAUGCUGCAAAGAAAGCGAUAAAACACUCAGGCAGCUGACAGACAAGUCAAAAUUAGAAUAAAAACAAUCAUAAAGGCAAAAGUUCAAUAAUGCUGAAAGGAAGCUAAUCUGUAAAAUCGACCCAGUCAAUGCUCUUGUUGCCUAGCAACAAUGCUGACAGGGAAAUAAACGAUAACCCAAAAACUGGAAAGAGGCUUUUCGUGAUCUGAUGGGCACGACGCAGUGGAAAACUUUUGUAGCAUAGGACUCCUUGCACCUUUGCGUUUAACAACGGUUUAACAACCCAACAACAACAUAUGUAAAGUAUAAUAAAAAUACAUAACGACAAAUUAGAAAUAGCUGAGAAUGAUUCCGAGCAAUAAAUAAGUACCUUAAACCGGGGACUCCGUUCCGUGGUUGUGGAAAUAAAGACAGAGGACAGAAUGUUAUGAAUUUCUCUGAAGCCGGCUGUUAUGAAUUCUAAAAUCCUAAGGUAACAGUAAUAAUUGCGUGAAAGACAAAUGAUUUACAGCGCCGUUAAUUGUCCGCUCUGGAAGAAAGCCGAACGCCUCGGAUUCCCGCAAACUUAACCUCUUUUGGUACAACGACCUGUCCUGGGUGUGAAAGUGGGCCAUGCCUUGAGCUCCGCAGCAGGCAGGGGGCAAGGGGACGGACGGUGGGGGGAGUCGCGCCUCGUUGCCGUGGUAGGCACUGUGUGGCUGUGAUGUUGCCGCGGAAACCCCGCAGCCACAAGCUGAGCCCUGCUCUUUCACAACGGUGGCAGCCGUGCCGCGGACAGGUAAGGUCACAGUGCUCCUGUGCGUGUCGGGAAACCCGUGUCCUUCCAACGCUGUCUGUCGUGUGCCCCGAUAUGCUGUUAUUCGUCACGUGUGUGCGUGUAUAUAUAUCUAUAUAGACACACAGCGGCAGUCAAAAGGCAUGGGGGCACCUACUAUAAAGGACAAAAGUUCAAAUAAAAGCAUCAUAACCAUAGACUUGAUUUUAAUGUUCCUGGAUAUGUUUGAGGUCAUUAUAGACAAGCCAUAUUAUAAUACCAAAAUAUCAGUUUUGGUAUUGCUCUACAUGUUUUUAGGAGAAAAAAAUAUGCUAAUUUGUCCAUCGGAACAUGAUAAAAUUACAGAUUAAAUAGAUUAAAUUCCAAUCUCAUGCAAACGGUGAAUUUCUAUGUAGUUUUAUGGCCAAUAUAUAAUAUGUAUAACUAUGUGGAUAUGAGUUGUAGCUCUUGUCCCAGCCGCAGCUCACUUCAGCACACACUUUGAGUAUCACUCUGCAGUUCCAACGUUAUGGGAAAGUAAUACGAUAAAAUUAAUGCAAGAUGCAGAAAGGCCGCAGUACCAGGUUUCGGGGGAACUGUCAAUUCACCGCUCCUGUAUGACAGAGUAGGUCCGGUUCAAAUUCCCCCUGGCUGCCUCCCCUUUGACUGAUGACAUCCAACGUGCGGCCAUGAAUGGAAAAAAAUACAGAAAUAAAAAUGCCAUUAAGAAAAUGCCAUUUAAACAUAUCCUUUUGCAGGUACAGAUGUGACCGUAAUAACAAAAUAGCGCAUUCUUCCCCGAGUGGAGGGAUUUUAGAACGGUUUCCGGAUGUUUCCAUCAUUUUGACUGCUUGUGUGUUUGUGUGUACAUAUGUAUAUAUAUGUAUGUGUAUGUGCAUAUGUAAACAAUUUUACACAUGCGCAUAUCUACAGUACAGGUAACUCCAGAAACGGUGCACUUAUGAAUAACCUGCUGUUGCAAAGCGAGCAUCUUUCACGCCAGCGCACCCUCGCUGCGUAGUCGCGAGCCUCCUGAGCAUCGUCUUCCUCUAUUGCAAAGGCUCAUUUUGGGAAAAACAAAGUGCAUGAGCGGUCAGCACCGCAGCUCCUCGCUGGAUGGCAUCUUCUCCACCUGCUCUGCCGAAAGCUCUUCCUAUAAGCAGGGUCAUUCAGAGGUGCACUGUCUUGGGCGGCUGGGUGGCUGUGGGAGGGGCGGCGGAACGAAGCUGGCGGAGUUAGGCGUGCGGAUCUCAAAACAAUUCCGUUCGACGGGGGAGGGUUGGUGGAAGGUCAUGCACUCUCGUCUCUCGUGGUGGACGCUCACUCUCUCUGCAAGUCCCUGCAUCUGUGUUGGUCUGAAGCUCUUCUGGUCCAGCAUGCUGUGCAGCGCCGAGACUGUGCAAACGCAGCACUUCGCCGGGGGUCAGCGUCGCAAACGAAACCAAACGAAAGGACACCUGCGCGUCAACGGGUGUAGACAUUGGUGUCCGUUUCAAAGGCCUUGCUUAGAAUCUUUUGUUUGUAUGUUUGUUUUGUUAUACAACGAUAACAACAAGAAUAAACUGGUCUCUGUAGGUUACUUUCACUUUGACUGAAGUCCUGCUCCUAUCAUAAUUAAAGAGAAGCAUUUUCGAUUUUGAGCCCCAAGAAAAAAAGCCUGUUGUCGAAUUCACAAACGAAAGUCCGGAAGAGAGUCCGCUGCUCUUUUUCGAAAGCCUCUAUUGACUCCCGCCCCCCCCCGAUUGUGGUUCGAUUUCUUCUGCAGUUGAUUUUGUUACGCGGCGAAGUAUUAAAGCACACUGUGGAACGGGAGAGUCAAGGGACAUGGGGCUCACGAGUCAACAAGAGGCCCAGUCGUGUGACCUGACAAAGGGGACGUCCUGCGGGACAGUGCUGGCCUGGGUCGAUUGUCAUGCCAUUCAUCCUGCUUCUCCUGUUCAGUUCCCCAUGCUGCAUGUCCACAGGCGAAAUUCACACCACACUGCCCUCUCCCAAAACGCCCCGCCCAUCCCCAGCACCUGUCUCUAUCCCUGAGUGUGUGGGGUGAAUUUCCGUUAUACCCAACACCAGGUAUAACGCAACAAGGAUUUGAUUUGAUUCUAUACUUGCGUAUCGACUGAUUAUUUGUUUCUCAUGGACCUAUGCAUUUUUAUGGUUCCCCAACCCCGUAAAACAUGUAACUUUUAACUGCUUGGCUUUUGGUGUCUUUAUUUUCGUGAGCUACUCCUUUUGGUUCUGUUAUUUGCUUUUGCUUUGGAUUAUGAAGUGAAAAUGACCUUAUAGCAGAAGAUGAACAUUUAUUUAUUUUUCUUUUUUCCCCCUAUGCAGCCCUCUUCCUCUCUAGAGACUCAGGAUGUAAGGAUACCUAAUUAUGAGCUUUGUAUGCAAACACACCCAGUCUUGUGCUGUUC